AUGGACGGCCACCUAAAGGUAACUAUCGUGGGAGCAGGGCUUGCAGGUUUACUAGCAGCUCGUGUUCUGAGGGAGAAGCACGCCGUCACCCUCGUGGAGAAAUUCGAGGGCGGCCACGAGGUGGGAGCUGCUAUAAACCUAGGCCCGAAUGGAGUCAAAAUAGCUCAAGAGCUGGGCUUUGACAAGGCCCGAUGUCGUUCAAUUGCUUGCGGCAUGGCCAGGACGAUGGAUCGAGACGGGAACGUUCUCAUGGAAGAGAGUAUGGGCUUUCUUCGCGAGCAGUAUGGUGCAGAGUGGCUGUUUCAGCACCGCGGGGACCUUUGGAACGAAUUCCUUAGGCUUGCAACAUGUCCUUCAGAGACGCUCAAGAUUCAAGGACGGCCUGCUCAAAUGCUCUGGGGAACAAGAGUCACUGGCGUUGACGUUCAGACGGGGGACGUGUUCCUUGAUAACGGGGGGAAGCUGGAGUCUGACCUUGUGAUAGGAGCAGAUGGAAUCAAAUCCAUUCUGAGACCGCUGGUUGUCGCGGAGGAAGACUUUCGUACCGCUCGUCCGUCAGGCUCGUCUGCAUUCCGAUUCACCAUUUCAAGGGACGCUCUCGAGAAACAUGGUCUAGAAUUACGAGUGAUGGACUCGACCCGCGAAGCAAGCUUGGAUAUCUAUCUCAGCGCAGACGGAACGAAUCGAUCGGUCAUCAUGUACCCCUGCCGCGACUUCCAGACCCUGAAUGUCGGCUGUAUCACCCCGGACGAGAUUCUGCAAUCCCCCACCACCGAGUCAUGGUCUGCAGAAGGAUCUCACGAAGAUCUGCUCAGAUGCUUCAACUGUUUCUCGCCGGCCAUUCUCGAUGUACUCAGGAACGCAGAGGAUAUCAAAGUGUGGCAACUCCGCGACCAGGACCCCCUACCCACUUACAUUAAAGGCCGCGUUGCCAUCAUCGGAGACGCUGCCCACGCGAUGACGCCGCAUCAGGGCCAGGGCUGCAACCAAGCUAUUGAAGACGCUGAAGGAUUCCGGAUUCUGUGCACGCCCGGUAUCAGCCGUGCCCUCGUGCCCGAGCUGCUCAAGGACUUUGAUCGCGUGCGACGUCCUCGUGCCUCGAGGAUCCAAACUAUAACACGUCAGGCGCACAAGAAGCCAUCGCCUGAGGAAAUCUGGAGACAUAGACACUACUGCUAUGCGUAUCCGGGUAUUGUGGAGUGUCUGCACCAGCUGGACCAUGGGGAGCCGAAGUCGCAUGCCCCAAAUGGAAUAUAA